UAGUUUAGUUAAUCGGAAACCGGACCGGUAACAAGUUGUUCUGUUCGCUCCGAUAACACAAACACUUAGCUAAAGUUUAUUCACUAACAGGAACAGACAAUCAAAGCUCUUACCCACAAAACGAGUUGUCAACCUUCCUCAGCACCAUUAGUAAAUCACCAAACAAACUCUACACAGCCUACACACUUCACUGCAGCCGCAAUGACCGACAAACCGCUCGCUCCCGCUUGGCUCACCAAGGAUUUCCUACAGGAGAUCACCUCUUCCAAACUGUGCGGCAAACCUGUGCAGGUGAUCGGCUUCGAGGUGACCAGCGCAAUCCCCAAGGGCAACAACUACGCGUGCGACAUUAUAAGAGCAAAAGUCGACUACAGUGUCAACGGUAGUCAGGAGUCAGCUUCAUUCAUCUUGAAAAUCCCUAAGACAGGAGGCAUGAGCGACAUGAUCAUGAAAUUGGGAUUCAUCGAACGUGAGGAGAUCGUUUACAAAGUUGUUAUCCCGAAAUUCGUGAACGCUUACGGCGAAAACGUCUUUACAGCCCAUUGUUACGAUGCUCCCGUACCCAACGUGCUGAUUUUUGACGACCUGAACUUUCUGGGAUACAAAAUGGCCGACCGCAGAGCGUUAUUAUCUUUUGAUCAUAGCUGCGUAGCACUGAAAGCAUUAGCCAAGUUCCACGCUGCGUCCGUGAAAACCCACGAAGAAGAACCCGAUUUGAUUGAAAGUCUCACAGAUAUCCUCAUCAACGAGACGUUCCGCGAGAGUAACCCUGAAUGGAUCGAAAUGUUUUUCCCUAACUCCGCUGAUGGGUUCCUCAAGUGGCCUGAGUUAGAACGGUUUAGUGAGAAGUUUCGAGCUUAUAAAAGUAAGGCUUGGGAUAUGUUGCUUGAGUCUUUGAAAGUCGAUGAAGACAAUUUCAAUGUGUUGAACCACGGAGACUUCUGGGUUACCAACAUGUUGUUCAAAUACGAUGACAAAAAUAAACCCAUUGAUGUCAAAUUAAUCGACCUACAAAUUUGCAAAUACAACACUCCCGCCGUGGAUUUAACCUACUUUUUAUGGAGUGUGCGUCCUGAAAUUAUAGCCACCAGAUACGAUGAUCUCCUAAAGGUCUACUUGGAGAAACUGAACAAAUGUCUCAGGAAAUGUGGGGUGGAGAAAAGUUUGGGCAUAGAUGAAUUGAAAACCUACAUGGAUAAGAUAAGAUUUUUCGCGUUGUAUGUGAUGAUUUUUUUGUUGCCGAUUAUUUUGUGUCAGGCUGAAGCAGCUUUCGAGAUUUCUGAGAUGAAUGAGGAGGAUUCCAAGAAGGGUAUCGCCGGGAUUUUGGGCAAGUAUUUUGAGAACGAGUGCUAUGUCAAGAAUCUUGCUAGUCGUUUGAAUGAGUUUGACAAACAUGGAUGGCCAUCCACAAUGACAGACAAACCGCUCGCUCCCGCUUGGCUGACCAAGGACUUCCUACAGGAGAUCACCUCUUCCAAACUGUCCGGCAAACCUGUGCAGGUGACCGGCUUCGAGGUGACCAGCGCAAUCCCCAAGGGCAACAACUACGUGUGCGACAUCCUCAGAACAAAAGUCGACUACAAUGUCAACAGUAGUAAGGAGUCGGCUUCAUUCAUCAUGAAAAUCCCCAAGACAGGAGGCAUGAGCGACAUGAUCAUGAGAAUGGGAGUUAUCGAACGUGAGGAGAUUGUUUACAGCGUGGUUAUCCCGAAAUUUGUGAACGCUUACGGCGAAAACGUGUUCACGGCUCGUUGUUACGAUGCACCCGUACCCAACGUGCUGAUUUUUGACGACCUUAACUCUCUGGGAUUUAAAAUGGCCGACCGGAAAGCGUUGUUAUCUUUUGAUCAGAGCUGCGUAGCAUUGAAAGCAUUAGCCAAGUUCCACGCUGCGUCCGUGAAAACCCAUCAAGAAGAACCCGAUUUGAUUGAAAGUUUCACAGAUAUCCUCAUCAACGAGACGUUCCGCGAGAGUAGCCCUGAAUGGAUCGAAAUGUUUUUCCCCAACUCCGCUGAUGGGUUCCUCAAGUGGCCUGAGUUAGAACGGUUUAGUGAGAAGUUUCGAGCUUAUAAAAGUAAGGCCUGGGAUAUGUUGCUUGAGUCUUUGAAAGUCGAUGAAGACAAUUUCAAUGUGUUGAACCACGGAGACUUCUGGGUUACCAACAUGUUGUUCAAAUACGAUGACAAAAAUAAACCCAUUGAUGUCAAAUUAAUCGACCUACAAAUUUGCAAAUACAACACUCCCGCCGUGGAUUUAACCUACUUUUUCUAUGGAAGUGUGCGUCCUGAAAUUAUAGCAACCAGAUACGAUGAUCUCCUAAAGGUCUACUUGGAGGAACUGAACAAAUGUCUCAGGAAAUGUGGGGUGGAGAAAAGUUUGGGCAUAGAUGAAUUGAAAACCUACAUGGAUAAGAUAAGAUUUUUCGCGUUGUAUGUGAUGAUUUCUUUGUUGCCGAUUAUUUUGUGUCAGGCUGAAGCAGCUUUCGAGAUUUCUGAGAUGAAUGAGGAGGAUUUCAAGAAGGAUGAGGGUAUCGCAGGGAUUGUGGGCAAGUAUUUUGAGAACGAGUGCUUUGUCAAGAAUCUUGCUAGUCGUUUGAAUGAGUUUGACAAACAUGGAUGGCCAUGAUGCUAAAAAAAAUUAAUUUUAUCAAUUCAUAGUAUUGUGAAGUUGAGGUUACUGUAAGUAAGUGAGUUACAGUAAGGUAAGUUUGUAAGAUAUAUUGAGUUGAAUUGUAUCAAUGUAUAAGAUAUAUUGAUUGAUACCUGUAUUAUAAUAAGUUUUAAAUUUAAUCACUGAUUUUAUUAAUUCUUAGUAUUGUGAAGUUAAGAAUACUGUAAGGUGAGUUCAUAUAUGAUAUAUAAGUUGAAUUUUAUCAAUAUAUCAAUGUUCUAUAUUAUAAAUUUGAUCACUCAUUUAUGUGUUGUGUGUAAGAAUUAUCUCGAACAACUAUGUUUUUCUCAAGUGAAUUCAAGAAAUAACAUUAUUUCUCAUUUCUUGUUUGUCUCUGGCUCUAUUAGAGUAGUGUCCAUACAAAAUGCAAGCCAAUGAAGAACUUUUUAUUUAUGGCUUGCAUCAAGCUCAAGUUCAGUGAUAGGUCUAAAAUAUAAAAAUAUAUGAAUUAUUGUGUAUUUUUCUAUCUUGAAAAGUGGAAAAAUAAUCAGAUUGGUAGCUUUGUAUUGUUCUUGUUGCUAUGUUAUGCUGAGUAUGAUUAUCUAAUAUGAAAAAUCUCAUUCAAUAUGGUGCAAGUGGAAGUGAGUGUCUAAUAAAUGUGUAUGCCAGCCUCAAGAGCUCAUGUAUUCGUUGAAAACGGAAAUCUCUUUUUUUUUAAUUUUUGGGGUUAACCAGAUAAAAUAUAUAAUAUAAUGCAAUAUUCUAGAUAGGUACUAUCUUUGUUUCAUGAAUAAUAUUUUAUUGUUCUAACAGGAAGUAUCGAAUACGUCCAAUUUAUUAAGGGGUGACACUGACCUCCCCCUUAGCCCGAUAACAUACCCCUCUGAGCAUCCAAGUUCAGUAUCUCUCCGAUAAAAUAAGAAACUUCCGCAGACUGGUUGUCAGUAGUUAUUUUAAACACUGCUGACCGAACCCCUCCAUAAGAAAUAUGGGUUAUAUGAGGGUUUCUGAACCUCCUCCCAUAGAAAAUAUCAAUGACGUAGUCUACGUCUUUCCCCUGCUACUGUGGACACCAUUGAUUUAUCAAUUCAUUUUAUUACACCUAAAUUUUGUACAAGCUCCAUUCUGUCGAAGAUUGAAGGAGUUUAUGUUUUCAACUUUCUAUAGAUACUUGAAACUUCUAAUCUUCUAAUUUGAGAGUACCUAUUCUUAAAAUGAUAUUAUCAUAUCACCUUUGUUAUAUUUAACAGUGACUAUUGUAUGAUAUUACAUUUUGCAAUAAUCGAUCAAUACAAAUUCAACAAUUUGAAGACCCAUAUUAUAUAAUUUUAUAUGCGACAAUGGUAUGGUAUGCCUUCACAUGAAAUAUAAAGAUCCAACUCUCAUAAACGAAAAAAAAGAUAUUUGUAAUAGUUUUCAGACUCUGAUUGAAAGUGACAAUAAUUCUAUUAUAGACUCCCCUAUUGAUUUGAUAUGCCAUAUUAUAAAGUGCAGUAUUGUUCCACAAUUAGUAAUAGCAGGCCUAUGAUUAGUAUGACAAUAGGAUAUGUGACUCUUUACAAUUAUGACUAGAUCAUGUGUGUACAAGUUAUUUAAAAAAAUACCAGUAUUCAUUUUAUACAUAAGGCAAGACUCUUAUAUAAUAAAAGAGUUAAAAGAUUGUAUAUAAAGAUCUUAUAUGAAGGAUUGUGUCAAUCAAUAAUCAGUGAUAUUAAAAUGCAUAAGUAUCAUAAAAAUAUGAAACUGUAAAAGUUCUUUAAAAAUAGAAUUCAUUAUUCACUUUAUAAGGUUAUCUAUGAUAUAUGUGGAGAGUAAGUAUUGGAUAUAUUAAUGGUAUGAAUAAAAUCAUAGCAACCUGUAUUGGAGCUCUAUUAAUGUAUGUCAUGGAGAAUACCGUAUCAUCUCAUCAAUAAAAAUAUAGGGAAUUCACUAUCAGUAAAAGUAUAUUCACUGUAAUGCAUCAUCAACUUGAUUUUUUGAGCAUGAGUGAUGAAUCAAUUUGAAUUAUUGUUCGAAUGAGUAAUGAGUAUAAUAAAAAUUAUUUCUGGAACUUUUUCAAUAAAAUUGAGUAAUUAAUCAUCAUGCAGACAAAUAUUAUGACACGGCGGUGUUGAAGAAAUUUAUUAUCGUUAAUAGGUUAUUGAUAAAAUAGCAUAAAUGAAACUUCGACUUGGGAAAUAAUAAUAAAUAUAAUUGCACUAUAUCCUAUCACUGCUGCACUAAUUACAAUGUUUAUUGAAGGUCUACAUUUGAUAAACCAUUGAAUAAAUUGAUAAUACAUAUUGAUUUCAUACGAAUAGCCUAAUGAAAAAAUGUACUUGUAAUUUGGAAUGCAUCAUAACAUUAUAAUAAAUAUACGGUAACAUAAUAAUAAAAUGAAAAGUAAAACAAUGGAAAUAAAUAUUUCAAAUCACCUUAAUUGCAGCACAAUUAUGUGAAUUAAGUAAGCAGUUAUGUGGAAGCUAUAUCGUGAUACAAUUCUGUGUAUAAUAUAAACAUCAUUUUGUAAUAUUGAAUUCGAUUCUACCAAUAAAAAUACAUUAUUCUCAA